GAUAUGAAAAAUCACAGUAUUUGAAUUAUAACAGUAUUGUUUAAGCGUGGUAACGAUGUCUGCAAGUUCAAUUUUAAAAAAAUGGGCUACAGGGUUGAGCGUGUUAGGUGGUGGAACAUUAUUUUAUUGGAAUGUUUAUGGUAACAAAGAAUAUUUACAGGUGCACAAUUCCUGGACGACAAAUGUAACCCCUUCGGUCAAGUGGGAUCAUAAUUGGGAUAGACGAGAUCCAAGAAGCUUAGUGAAGCCAAUGAAAGGAAAUAGCGUUUCAGAUGAAAAUGCGUACAACCAAGAAUUGUCAGUGAAAAAAGCAAAAGUAAUUCGGCAUAUACUUUUAAUUCGUCAUGGGCAAUAUAAUAUCGAAGGCAAAACAGAUUGUGAUAGAACACUUACAGACCGUGGUAGACGGCAGGCUGAAGCAACAGGAAGAAGAUUGCAAGAGUUAGGUUUACCGUAUACUCAGAUUAUACGAUCUACAAUGACCCGAGCUCAAGAAACUGCUAAAAUUAUAGAAGAAAAUAUUAAGAAUUUAGCUGUAAAAGAUGAUGUAUUUCUUGUCGAAGGUGCACCUAUACCACCUGAGCCACCAAUAGGUCAUUGGAAGUCAGAAAUCUAUUUUUAUGAAGAUGGACCUAGGAUAGAAGCUGCAUUUAGGAAAUAUUUUCAUCGUGCAGAUCCCAGUCAAGAAAAAGAUUCUUACACUAUCAUUGUCUGUCAUGCAAAUGUUAUUAGAUAUUUUGUAUGCCGAGCAUUGCAAUUUCCACCCGAAGGUUGGAUGCGCAUGGGUUUAAAUCAUGCAAGUAUUACAUGGAUCACUGUUUAUCCUAGUGGCAGAGUAACAUUAUUAACUUAUGGUGAUACUGGACACAUGGAGCCAAAAUUAAUUUCAUCUAGCUAAAUUUAAAAUUUAUAUA